AUGGACAGGAACGGCCACUGGACAGUGGAAUUUCAGCAAUUCUUGUACGACGACUACGCGGAAUUAGGAUGGGACUUGUACGAUCCCAAUGGCUUCCACGCGGGUUUCCACAAUGUACGCGGUCACAACAAGGACUCGAAAAUCACCGACUACAUCCAGAGCGUUAAUCGUCCGUACGGUGAUUCAAUGCCUUUUGGAGUUGACGUGACCGUUUAUGAACCACACAAUGGUGAUAUGGCCAAAGUCAAUUUUGAGAUCCGCAAGAAGGUCACCGGCUGCGAUUCCAUGCCGGGCAUCCCAUGCAGGCCUUACAUGACAACAGAAAAUCGCAUCGAAAGUGACCCAUGGAGGCUGCAGACUUGCGAGCAAGCUUGUAAGGAUAACAAGAAGAAUGCUCCUCUGGUUUCCAAAGACAUGUGGUGCCAGGAUCUCAACGCGGCAGAUUGGCAACCCAUGUAUAAAGGGUUCACUGGAUGGCAGCGCCAUUUCAAGUGUGGUUGGAAGGGAUUUGAUUGA